UCACUUCCUCGUUGUAACGUCCCUAUUUGGCAGAAAGGGGCCGUCCUCAUUGAGCUAGGGAGGAAAAUGGUGGAAAGGAGACUCAGACGUUUUCAAUAAACAGAGGCACACGAACAGUUUUAUCUCUGGAAGAAGCAACCUUCUGUGACCAAUCCUUUAGUUAAAGCUCUCAUUUCAUCAUCAGAAUCUGAAGCUAAGAACAUGCGCUGCCUUUUCAUCCCUCCAGCCUCCAGACUCACUGCGUGAACCUUAACGUGGCAGAAGAGAAGCAGCGGUGAUGGCUGACUCAGGACAGAUCAAGAAAACUAUAGGCAAGGUGCUGUGCUGCGUUGAGAAGGUGUCUUCCUUUGCCUCCUCCAUUGACCCCAUCUUUGGCAUAGUCUCCUCCCUGGUUGGGGUGGCUCGCAAGGGCCUGAUUACCGAGGAGGGACAUCCUCUAGACAAGGAUUUCCAGGAAAUCAACACCAAACUGGAGAACAUCUCUCAAAAGAACCACCAAUGCCUAAAAAGGAUCCGCAUUGAUGAGGUGAACGAAACCUAUGGCAAGUACGAGGAAUACAUCAAGCACCAGUAUGCUGCCUUCAACACCAUGGUGGCGCACGUAAAGAAAGAUCCGGACAACACCCAGCGCUACAUGAAAACCUUUGAGAAGGUUUAUGAGAGGGACAAGAGUGAUAUGAGCCUUGAUGUGUACUACCGCGGUGUGAUGGGUACCAAUCUGCUGUUUGGAAGAACCCUGCUGAAGGUGUACCUGGACAACUGUGAUGGCAACCGUGAAAUCAUGGAGCGCCACUGUUCACACAUCGCCCACCUGUUCCACAUGGGCCUCAUCGCCCUUAUGGCCUACACAGCUGUUACAGAGGAUGACGAAGAUGAGGUGCGGGAAAAGUGGGCCAAGAGGGUGGAGGACAUCCAGAAGAAGUUGCAGGAGGCACUUAGUCAGUGCAAAGUCACCUCAUCCUGAAGAUGUUUUCUGGGUUUGGUGGCAUCACUGAGUAAUCUCAGCUGUGGACCAAUUGAAAAACUAUAAAUGAUGUUAUAUAAAUAUAUAUAUAUAAUAAAACCAAAGCUUUGUUUUGAUUUGGGCACAUGAGCUGCAUAGCAUUUGUACAGCAUUUUCAUUACUGUAUCAACGUCAUGUUAUAAUUUGUUUCAAAGAGACCACUAUAUGUUUCAGCUUCUUUGUGUUUCAGUAUGUCAAUAAAUGCUGAAGUUUUAUAUCAACUCUUCAAUUAAAAUAUAUAAAUUAUUGUUGUU